ACAACAUUAUUAAUCAUAUCUAUCAAAUUAAACCUUUCAUCAUAUCAGAUCCAAGACCCACUGUUUAUAUACCCGCCCAGCAACACCUUUCUUCUCCGGCCAUGGCUGUACUCGUCAGGGAAGAUGGGGUUUCAUUAUCAACCACAGACGCAGCGCCCACCCACUUCAUGUUCAAGAUUCAAUCCGUGUUGUCACUUGAUGAAGAACACCCUAUAGACAAAUACACUUCAGCUCCAUUCGAAGCCGGAGGCUACAAAUGGAAGUUGAUUUUCUACCCAAAGGGAAACACCCGUAAGGGAGUUACAGACCACAUAUCUAUUCACCUAGCCAUGGCGGAUACCAGUUGUUUUCAACCCGGGUGGGAAGUCCACGCCGUGUUCCGCCUCUUCUUGCUUCAUCAAAACAACGAUACCUAUUUGGUCAUUCGAGACGCGCAGGAAAAAGGGAGGCGAUUUCGUGAGACGAGGACGGAGUGGGGAUUCGACAGAAUCGUCCCGAUCAAAAUGUUCCGUAACGGUUCAUACGGGUUUGUGGUGGACGAUGAAUGCGUGUUCGGUGCGGAGGUUUAUGUGCAUAAAGAAAUGAAAUUCCCAGAAGGGGAAAGAAGAUUCCCCAGAGGAGAGUGUUUGACAAUGUUUAAAGAUCCCGAACUCGUUAAGCACUCAUGGAAAAUUCCCAAUUUUUUUUGCAGUCUCAAGCGUGAUGAUGGCCGUCUCUGUCACGAGUCCCCCACUUUCAAUCAAUGGAAAAUGCGGAUAUAUCCUAAUGGAAAGGACGGCAAGUGCACCCACUUAUCCUUAUCCUUACAUAUGGAUUUGGGUGAUAAACCCAUGGAGCCAACUUCUUCUCUAGCUAAGGAGCCAAUUUCUCGCAUAUAUGCAAAGUUCACACUACAUUUGGUUGAUCGUCAUCAACACAAAAAUUGGGUCGUUGAAGGAAGUCGGUGGUUCGACCCCUCAAACCCCAAAAGUAGUUUUCAUGAAUGGCCAAAGGUGAUAACUCAGGAGUAUUUCAAGACGCAAACGGCAGGCUUUUGGUCGGAGUCCAAAGACGAAUGCACCAUAGAAGCUGAAGUUAGGGUGCAUGGGGUGACUACACCUCUUCUAUCUUGACCAUAUAAACCAACUUCAUUCCAAAUCAAGAUUAUAUUACAAUCUAAUUAAUGUUAUCUAAAAUAAUUGUGUUUGGGUCCGAGUAUAUAUCUUAUGUUUGAUAUGUCAUGUUAUAUUUCAGAGAGUACUUAGCUUUAUGAAUUGUGAUUGGAUAAAUUUGUACGUGAACUAUGAAUUUGUUGUGUUUUGAUAUUUCAUGUCAAUUUUUUUACUUUCGAAAA